GUCGACCUUUUAAAAAAAAACAAAGUAUAGCUUUGUCAAAAUCGUUAGCGAUGUGAGCAUUUGAAAAGGAUUACUAACAGGAAACGAAACGUAGAGAACAUUUCUUAUCAUUCAAGAAGUAUACUUAUGGCAAAAUUCAAUUGCUUCUCUGGCCGAACAGGGAAGAAGAAGAAGAAAACCAAGAUCGAUUUGGAACUAGAGAAGCCUACCGAAUUGAAUUAUCUGUCCAGAACUUUGCAUGUCAGCAGCAUCCAUCACUGUGAGGAGCCUUUCCAAGGUGGAGAAAGGAAGCCGUCUACCCUGGACGUUUCAGUUCUGUACCCAUCAGAGAAUAAUUCUAAGCUGGAUGUUAAGUUAACGAACAAUCAUGAGAGUUCUGUAGCAGGAGGAGCAGUAGAACCAGCAUAUGAAGGGGAGGAUGAGCGAGAUGACAACUCGAUCAAGCGGAACCCUUCUGACUUUGAUCUCCCUGCUCAAGACACGUGUGGAGAAGAAUUUGAGUUUCAAUUUCCAAGUUCAUUGGGAAAACAAUUUGAUAAGAUCAUUAUUGAAGGGGUUGAUACAAUCCAAAGUGGACAUGUUAGUGAUCCUGGAAUUGGUAAGCCAGUAUCUUGGGCAUUACCUAGACUUAGACGCUCAUGUUCUAAUCUGGAAAGCAGGGAUGUGCUUAGAAACUUAUCUCCUCAUCAGUUGCCUCCUCCGAUGUCUCAGUCUUUCGAAAAACUGCAAGAAUUGGCAGACGAAAUGAGGAACUAUGUUGAUCCGGGGAGUCCAGGGUCUGUAAUGACUCAUCACAGUGCUGAUAAAGUGAUGUUGAAGAAGCGUUCUUCAAGCCAGAUUCUACCUUCCAGAAGCAGGAGAUUGUGGUGGAAGUUGUUCCUGUGGAGCCAUAGAAACCUACAAAAGCCGUGGACUACCAAUACCAAGGCUCUUCCCACCAGCUCUGCUUUCAACCAGCAAGGUGGGUAUUGCUCUGACAAUCUCGAGCUGAACAGAGCAGCGGGGAAGAGUAUAAUGGAAUCACCUGGAUCAGGAGAAUGUCCCGAAAACAACAAAAGCGAUGAUCAGGAUCGGGAGAAUGUGUGUAUUGGAGUUUCUGGUUUAUGGCCACAAAACCAGUGGGUUGCAUUUUCAGCAGAAUCAUCUUCUUCCCUAAGAAGAGUGGAUGAGUGGGUGAAGGAACUUCAACUAGAACCCUGUCUUUCAAUUGACGUGGUCGGGGAUGACAAUGAUUCAGAUACUUUCUUCCCGCGAACUCCAGAGCGAACUGCAACUCACACACCCCGACGUGGAGAACCCAAUCUGACAGAAGAGAUUUUGUAUGCCAAUAGCAUCAUUGGGUCGCUCAAUUCUUCCUCAACCGUGGCUCACAUCUCUGGCAUUGGCUUAAAAGCCAUACCCACAAUCUCGCACCUAUCCGGUCUUAGAUCUGUCAACUUGUCUGGAAAUCUCAUAGGUAAUUCCUUCUUAUAUCUCCAAAUGUUUGGCAUAGCACUAUUCUUGCCACUUACAUGGUUGGUUGGUUGGUUGCCAGAUCACAUUAACCCUGGAUCACUGCCCAAGGGAUUGCAUACUCUCAACUUGUCCAGGAACAAGAUCAGUGCCAUUGAAGGACUCAAAGAAUUAGCACGACUUCGGAUACUCGAUCUGAGUUACAAUCGUAUAUCUCACAUUGGACAUGGGUUGUCAAACUGUGCGAUUAUUAAGGAACUCUAUCUUGCUGGCAACAAGAUUAGUGAUGUUGAUGGACUGCAUCGACUCUUGAAGCUCACGGUUCUCGACCUAAGCUUCAACAAGAUUUCAACAAACAAAGCUCUGGCCCAACUUGUUGCCAACUACAACUCUCUUCAAGCUCUUAAUCUGUUGGGGAAUCCAAUUCAAAGUAAUGUGAGCGACGACCAGCUACGCAAGGCAGUAGUUGGCCUUCUUCCAAGUCUUGUUUAUCUAAACAAGCAGGCCAUCAAAGCACAGAGAGCUCGAGAAGUCGCAACUGACCGCGUUGCCAAAGCUGCACUAGGGAACGGUAGUUGGUGUUCUCAUAGAAGAACAUCAAGGAAAACGAGCCAUAUAGCAUCAUCAUCAUCUUCCAUCAGUGGGCACAGGAGUAGUGCAAGUGUUGCACACAAAGGCAGGCACAGAUCAAAAGCGCCAACCUUACGCCAUUCUUCUCUGGGGAUGGAUUCAUCAGCCCUUGCAUCAUCAUCAUAUUCAUUAGGAUGAGUUUUCUGUUCUGUUUUGUUUCCCAAUUUCUUCAGCUCUAUCACAUUUGCUGCCCUGUUUUUCCCGUCCAUAGAACUUCGUUAGUCAUGUGGUUAAAAUGUUCUCUUUAACCUUAGUGAAUUGAGAUUGCAUUUCUUAAUGUCAUA